UAAAUAUUAAUAGUCUUUCCAAUGCAGCAUCAGACCUUCGUCGAGGGGGAAGAGCUGAAUUUCAAAGAGAUUAAGUGACCUGCUCAAGGUUAGGUUGCAUUCCGUGUGCAAAUUUGCUCUUAUUUUAGUUCGACACAAUCUGUGGAGUUAGCAACAGAAAGAACGGCAGAAUACACACUGGAAUAUAUGCUCUUUAUUGGGCUGGUUAAUGGCACAGUAUUAUAAAGGAAUCCUGUUUUGUGCCCCCCCCCCCCCCCCCUUCAAGCCACAGCCUGGAAAGGGUUACAGUUGAAAUGCCUGUAGCAGUCCGGAGAAAAUGUGAAUCAUUGAGUGAGGAAAGAAUGGGAAGCCGGUGUUGCAAGCUGUUUUAUGGCUCUGGGUCAGGAUUUUUGCCAAGCAUGUAUGUUAAUGGUACACGCUUUUCAGCUUGGCAGAGGUGAAACAUAUUUGUGUGCCUGUGCCCGGGUGGCCAGAGGGAGAGGAGAGAAGUAACUUUUGGUUCCCAGCCCUUUCCCUUGGCGCCUUCCUCUCGCCAGCUGCUUCUGCAGUGUGUGGAUGCGUGAGCAACAUGGAGGAGGGAGGGACAUCGGCUGCUGCUUUUACCAAUAUCUCUUUGGCGGCUUCCACUGCAGGGGCUGCAAGGACGGGAGGCAAUCUGGAUGAAUCCGAAAGGAUGAUGAAGUCCUCUCUACAUUCAGAAGAGGAUGAUUUUGUUCCAGAGCUUCAGAGAAGCAUCCAUCCCCGCGAAAGACCCGACUGGGAAGAAACUCUUAGUGCAAUGGCGAGAGGAGCAGACAUCCCUGAGAUUUCAGGGGAGCUACCGCUGCGGACAUGUGGGAGCACAGCCAGCAUGAAAGUGAAAAAUGUGAAAAAGUUAUCCUUUACCAAGGGCCACUUUCCAAAGAUGGCUGAAUGUGCCCACUUCCAUUACGAAAAUGUGGACUUUGGAAAUAUUCAGCUUUCACUCCCCGAGGAACAAAAUGAAAUAACGAGGAAUGGCUGCGAGUCCAAGGAACUUGUCUACCUUGUACAAGUCUCCUGUCAGGGCAAGAGCUGGAUUGUGAAGCGGAGUUAUGAAGAUUUCAGAGUGCUGGAUAAGCAUCUUCAUCUUUGUAUUUAUGACCGGCGCUUCUCUCAGCUCUCAGAGCUUCCCCGCUCAGAUGCCUUGAAGGACAGUCCAGAGCUUGUCACUCAAAUGCUGAUGGCUUACCUGUCACGCCUCUCCGCCAUAGCAGGCAACAAGAUAAAUUGUGGACCAGCCCUCACAUGGAUGGAGAUUGAUAACAAGGGGAAUCACCUCCUCGUCCAUGAAGAAUCUUCCAUUAAUGUUCCUGCUAUCGCAGCUGCCCACGUUAUCAAGAGAUAUAUUGCUCAGGCAGCAGAUGAACUGUCUUUUGAGGUGGGAGAUAUUGUGUCUGUUAUUGAUAUGCCCCCAAAAGAACUGACUACAUGGUGGAGGGGAAAGCAUGGGUUUCAGGUGGGAUUCUUUCCUAGCGAAUGUGUGGAACUAAUUAAUGACAAAGUUCCUCAGUCUGUGACCAACUCCGUGCCAAAACCAGUUUCCCCUGCCCAUGGAGCCCGCCCAGCAUCCUGGAGCUACUUUCCCCCCUAUUUGGAGAUGGAUAGUGUAAAGCAAGGUUCAGCCUAUGUUUCAGAGCCUUUGAACCAAUCCCAUCUGAGCUCAGUGUCCAAAAAACACGGCAAGCUUAUCACGUUCCUGCGCACAUUCAUGAAGUCUCGGCCAACGAAACAGAAACUGAAGCAACGCGGGAUCUUAAAAGAGAGGGUUUUUGGCUGUGACCUUGGAGAGCAUCUCCUUAACUCUGGUCAUGAUGUCCCCCAGGUUCUCAAGAGUUGCACUGAAUUUAUCGAAAAGCAUGGCAUUGUGGAUGGAAUAUAUCGCCUCUCCGGGAUUGCGUCCAAUAUCCAAAAGCUACGGCAUGAGUUUGACUCGGAACAAAUCCCUGACUUGACAAAAGAUAUAUAUAUUCAGGACAUACACUGUGUGGGUUCGCUCUGUAAGCUCUACUUCCGCGAACUCCCAAAUCCUCUUCUCACCUAUCAGCUCUAUGAGAAAUUUUCAGAUGCUGUAUCUGCCGCAACAGAUGAAGAACGUUUAGUUAAAAUCCAUGAUGUCAUCCAGCAAUUACCCCCACCUCACUACAGGACGCUAGAGUUCCUAAUGAGGCAUUUGGCUCAUCUUGCCGAUUACUGUGCCAUCACAAACAUGCACACAAAGAACCUGGCAAUUGUCUGGGCACCAAACUUGCUAAGAUCAAAGCAGAUAGAAUCUGCUUGCUUCAGUGGAACAGCUGCCUUUAUGGAGGUGCGAAUCCAGUCAGUUGUUGUGGAAUUCAUCCUCAAUCAUGUCGAUGUUCUUUUCAGUUCUAAGCUAAGCUCAGUCAUUCGAGAGAGUGCAGGUCACAGCUCCUUGUCACGGCCCAAAUCCCUGCUGGUGUCUUCUCCCUCCACAAAGCUACUCACCUUGGAGGAAGCUCAGGCGAGGACUCAGGCCCAGAUAAAUUCCCCUAUUGUGGCAGACAGCAAGUACAUCGAAGUGGGAGAAGGACCGGCUGCUCUACAAGGAAAAUUCCAUACUAUCAUAGACUUUCCAUCGGAAAGAAAGAGGCCACCCGCUAAGGUGAAAAAGUCACCUGUGGGCAGCUGGCGCUCCUUCUUCAACUUGGGGAAAUCCUCAUCACUCUCCAAACGGAAACUGCAGCGCAAUCCCAGCGAACCCUCCGAAAUGAAAGCCAUCGCCCUAGCAGGAGGGCGAGGAGACAGUGGGACCCUGCGCUCAGCUAAAAGUGAAGAGUCCCUCUCCUCUUUGCAUGCUAUUGAUGGUGAAUCUAAACUUUUUCGACCGCGAAGACCAAGGUCUAGCAGUGACGCAUUGUCCGCUUCUUUUAAUGGGGACCUCCUGGGAAACAUGAACCGCUGCAAUUCCUAUGAUAACCUUCCCCACGGCCAUGGGAAUGAUGGGGAAGAGGGGCAUAUCCAUGUUCCUGCACUCAUCUCUCCACGGUCAUCUGAGGAUGUUGACCUGAGCCCACCAGAAAUCGGGGUGGCUAGUCUGGAUUUUGACCCCAUGUCUUUCCAAUGCAGCCCACCAAAAGCAGAGUCCGAAUGUCUCGACAGCAGCACUUCCCUCCUGGAGUCAGUAGACUUCAAUAAGGACAAGCAAAGUACCUUUAAGAAGGAGUUAGACUCAGGCAGCCAAUGCCAGACCCCUGGCAGUGCCACAAGCUCUGAACCAGUUUCCCCCUUUCAAGAGAAGACCACGAGUCCCUUCUUCACGCUAGACUUGAGCCCAACAGAAGCAAAGCCACCCAAACCCCAGUCUUUCUCAGAGAAAGUCUCCCAUGCCUUUUCCCCCAAGAUGGGGCGAAAGCCAAUCAGAUCUCCACCACUGCAUAUCUCAGAGCCAGUUUCCUUCACUAUCAACAGCCGAAUGCCAGAUGUUGUCAUUGGAGGGGUGUCUGGAAAUACAGGCUCUUCAGACUGGACUAAAGGAAAUGCGAACAUUAGUGAAGCUGCGGCCAUACCUCCACCCCAGCUGGUAACAUCCCCAUUAAAAGAUAAUGACAUGAAACCUGGUGAAGGACCCCAACACAAGUUCCAGAACCAAGAAGAUGCUAAGAAACUAGAUCUUCAAAAAGAGAUGGAACAAUCCAUGCCCAGCAGCAGCCAGAGUAAGCCUGUACCUUCUGGACAGACACAGCCAGGAGCAGUUACACUCGACUCCCCCCAGGAUGCUGUUCCAGUCAAUUCUCUCUCUGUUGUCCCUCCUCCUCCUCCAAAAAAUGCUGCACGUAUAUUAGCCUUAGCCCUGGCAGAAUCUGCCCAACAAGCCUCUGUUCAGUCCCAGAAGAAACCGGAUGUUCAUUCUGAGUGUGCCACCUGCACAGAGACUGAGAGCGGUGGAACGGUAGAAAAGUUCCAUCCAUAUCCUGGCAUUACCCCAGAAAAGUUCCACCUCUAUUCUUCUCUGAUAGAGAGCCAACUAAAUUUUCCAAUUACUACAUCUGGAGAUCACCACAGGAGUGGAUUCCCUGCUGAUCAAAACAGUAGCAUGGCAGAGGGUAGCAAUCACCUCCAUGUUGGCUACCCAGGAUUUCGGGACCACCCCCCUCUCCCUGCUGACAUACCUGGAAACUUUCAUAGUGGCAACAGUAUGGGUUGGGACCAUGCCCACUUCCAUCCAUGCAUGUUGGGCGACACACGCCAUCCUCCUCAUUCUGCUGUAACUGAGGGUCAGAACCACUCUGAUCCUUGCACCAGAGAACCUGUUCAGUCAGAACCACCCACCACAGAGAUCCUUGUAGAAAACCCUCCCCUCCAUCCCUGUCUGUCUUUGGAGAAGAAUCAAGUCCAUAAUAGCAAACCUCAUUUUCCCAUCAGCACGGCAGAUGACAAACUCCAGUUUCCUCCUGUAACUUCUGAAGAGAGAACAGCUGCCACAGUUCUGGCAUAUAUGGCAAAGAACCAGACAGCAGCCACUGAAAUCGACACCAAUCAGAACAUUGUUCCUCCCCAGCCGACCACAGUCAGCACUAGCAACGCUCGGGAUGAAGCAGGUCUUGCGACUGCUGAGUACACUCUUGCAGGCAGCCACCAAGUUCCACCGCAGAGACCAGGGGACUACCAGCCAGCCAUGGGGCAAGCUCCGGCCACUAAAGCUGCUUGUGACUUCAAUCAGGUACGAAGGGAGGCAACUGCAGAGAAACUCCCUGAGCCUCGAUCAGCUGAACCGGCUCCUAUUUUCAUUCCUGAGGGCAGUGCCGCAAUCCAGUGUACAUCAGCCACCCCAGUGGCCACGUUUCACCAAGGGCAUUUGGAAAAGACCCGAGAGAAUGCCAGGGCUCCUCCUUUGCACCUGAGGUCUGAGUCUGUCCCAGCUGCAUCGUCUUAUGGAUUUACCCCUCCAGUCCCUCCUGUGAGAACAAUGGAAAGUAAAAUAGCAGCAGCAAUGCAUUCAAACAGUGUGGACACUGUGAACCCAGCCACAUACCAUUCCUAUAUGGCUCCCUCCACACUGCAACUAACAGGAGAGGAUCCAAUGUUGCCACCACCACCACCUCCACCACCACCUAAACAGGUUUCCCUUCAGUCUACCUAUUUCUCUCAUCCAAAGGCAGAGAACACUGCAGAUCCUCCAGCAUCAGAGAACUGUGGGCAUCACAAGCCAACAUCCAUCCAUCAAUACAGAGCUGAAAGCAUGCCAGGGCACUUGUAUCACAGCAAGUCUGAGCAACACCCAGGCUAUCCUUCUCUGGCAGAGACCGCUCCCUCCAUGGGCUCCAGGUAUGGUGCAUAUGCCACUCAAGGGAAGAGCGCAUCUGUCCAUCACUCCAAGCCUCGCAGUCGAGUGGAAUACGUGUCCUCCAUGAGCCCACCAAUGAGGAGCUCUAGUUAUGCUGAGGAGACCCCACCUUAUCCCACCAUCCGUAGAGUGCACUCGCUGCACGUGACUGCUCCCUCCACGAUCCGAUCAGUCCCCAUCUCCCGUACAGAGGUGCCUCCUGAUGAUGAGCCCCUUUAUUGCCCAAGACCUCUCUACCAAUAUAAGCCAUAUCAGCCCCAUGCAGAUUAUCAUGUCACACAGCUACAGCCUUACUUUGAGAAUGGGCGGGUUCAUUACCGGUAUAGCCCCUACUCGAGCUCAUCUGGCUCUUCGUGCUAUACUGCCGCCGAUGGUGGACUUUAUGACCUGGAUCCUUAUGGCACUAUGAGAGUGAGGCAGUUUCAUCCUUUCCCAGGCAGAGACUUUGCAUCUUAUUCCAAGCAGACCAAAAGUCUCUAUCGCUAUCCAGGCCUACCCCCAUAUCCACGGGGAGGCUUUGUUGGACACUUGGCAGGUAAAGAACACAGCUUCGUCAGCAGGGAUGUCCCACCUGCUCCCGAUGUCAAGCCCAUGUAUGUCUCCUGGGAUUUGGAGGACAUGGAAAAAUAUCGGAUGCAGUCCAUCCGUCGAGAGAGCCGUGCUCGCCAGAAAGUGAAAGGGCCCGUCAUGUCCCAAUAUGACAACGUCGCCCCUUCGUUACAGGAUGAAUUACGAACUGUGGAUGUUGUUCACAUGCGCAGCAAAUCUGAUCCUGGGAAAACUGGACUCCUUACAGUUGCUGAUGGAAAAGAAGGGAGAUACCCAGGCAAGGGAGGCAGCCCCGAGGGAGACGAACGUUAUUAUGUGCCCCAUCCAGAACCUGAUGUCGAUAGAGCCCAUUACCAUGGAAACUAUGGGAAUGGGCAGUCGGAGAAACCUUGUCUCCCUCAAAAGCAAAGCAGCCUCAGGAGUCGAAAGCAACACGAAGUGAGCUGUAAUUCAGCAGAGCACAGAACACACCUGCCACAUGAAGCGAGCCAUAGGCAGCCCCUGGAUUCCAAAAAUGGACCAUCAUAUCCCGAUUACCGGUCAAAGGGCCAUCAGGAAUUGUCAGAAUCCAUUGGAUAUCAUCACUCUGGUGGGAAGUAUGUCCCAGCUGCUCACGAUGCCUCGAGACUAAAUCAUAAAGAGGUAAAACUGGCGGAGGACAAGCCUGAUGUGGAGCGACCUCGACCCAGGCCAUCCGCUUCUGCAGAAAAGCAUUCCAGAGACUGCUACAAGGAGAGUGAGCACUAUGGACAGCCUGCCGCAGUACCUCCUCCUAAACCGGAACGGAGCCACAGCCUCCGACUCCAACACCUGGAGAGCGGGGAGCGGGACCCCAGUGGCCUCCUUUACCCGUACCAAACCCUUGGCAAACGCCAAAGCACUAUGACCGUUGUGUCCCAGUAUGAUAACUUGGAAGAUUACCAUACCAUGCCUCAGCACCAAAGAGGAGGGGGCUAUGCUGGAGGAGGGGGCUUUCUUCCCCCUUUUGCUCACCCACACAGUAGGACUUACGCCACAGCCCUGGGCCAAGGAGCUUUCCUUCCCACAGAGCUUUGCCUACAGCGGCAAGAGACUGAGAUCCACGCAGAGUGACCUGGGUGGCAGAAGAAGGGAUAGAGAGUAAGCAGCCCCUGCUGGACAGUGGACUGGUCUAUUUUUUCAGUGAUAACACAAAAUUUAAAAAAAUGCAUCAAAGCAACUCCUGCCAUUAGCCCCCCCCCCCAAACCACUCAACUCCAGCCCUCCCUCCACCAUGCUGCUUACUGUUUUUUAUAUUGCAAAUGUAUAGUGUCGUUCCCCCCCCCCUCAUAUUGUUUAACAAUAGAUUGCAACCAUCAUGCAGGCUUUUGUUUAAACUUGAGAUAAACGGAAAUUAGAGCUGGAAAUAUAGGAAAGGGGAUAUGCUGUGAAGGGUUCUCACAUCCUUGGAUUUCCAGACCUAUAGCUUUGUCACUAUUCUCCAGAAUCCUGUGCAUGAUAAUAUGUAUUUAUCAGUUGAUACGGAUAUUUCUUCUCCAGGUAAAAGUCCCUUAAUAUGUGACCAAUAGAGAGAUUUAUAGAAUGACAAGCUUUCAUACAUAAUUGAACUUGGUAUUUUAGCCUCCACGCACUAAACUCUAGGAAGAGAUUAUUUUAUAUUAUUUGUUCCAUGUUUGAUUUUUUAAAAUUAAUAAUAAUAAUAAUAAUAAUAAUAAUAAUAAUAAUAAUAAUAAUAUGGUACCCAUUCCCCUAAAUGUUCUCUCAGUGCUUGUUAAAUUCGGCUCGAAUCUGAAAUCGGUCAGUUUUCGGGAAAAAUUGGAUAUGGUCCAUGGAGGUGGAAAGAAAAAGCAAAAUGAUCUAGUCUGUUUCAGUGCUUUCUCUUAAGAAAUCCAUUCUUAGCUGCUUCAAAGAUUGGGAUAUAUAAACCUCAGGAUGAUUAGCAUUAUUUUGAAUGGAGCUGAUUUACUCAAGCUGACAGGUAAUACUUACAUUUAUAACAUUUUAGGAUCCCCUUUCAUGACAAAUUUGUUUCCCUAAGUAGUCCUCUAACUGGAUAUUUGGCAGUCCUCAGCUGGAUGAGCCCAACUGAAAGAGUAGCCCAGCCCAGCCCAGCUCCCAGUGCUUUCAGUAGGGAGAGUUGCAGUAUAUUCUGCAUAAGGAAUGGGCAAGCUGAUUUAACUCCCCAUUAAAGUAAGUCCACAAAGUAAUUAUUAUUGUUCCGCCUCUGUCUUCAUUGCUGAUUAUUUGUUAGUUAUGACAAACAUGCACCCAUGAACCUGCGAAUUCAGUGACCCAACUUCUUCAUGUCCUGAAUUGGCUUGACCUAAGGGUUAGUUAACUUUGUUGCAGCACACACCUGUCUAAUGUGUUGUUGAGGCAGAUAUGAAGGACCCAUGGCCCUCCAGAUGUUGUUAGAGCCCACCUUUGAUCAGUCCCAGCUACCAUAUCUAAUGAUUGAGCCACAGCCUAGCAUUUGAGAAGCCACAGGAUGAUUUCACCUUAUAUGUUUUUAGCAUUUAGAUUGGCGGUGAGGUGCACAAGCUGGUGUACCAUCUCCCUUAUUUUUUAGGUAUCUGUAGCAACAGAACCGUAUAUUAGUUUGCUUUUGUGGUGAAGUUAUAAAUAUCCAGUGCUUUUAAACAUGAUGUCUUUUCUGGAAAGGGAGGAAGUAGAGACCUCAGACUUGUGCAUAAUCUUAGGAAUCAGAACAGUAAAGACCCCAGUUAUGCACUUACGCCAUCAAAAAAUCCAGCAUUCCAGUAGACAAAAUGCUGAGUUUCUGCUUGUUGUCAUGAAAAAAGCCCCUCUAUAGUCCCGCCCAGGUACGAAUGUGUUCUUUAUCUGGAUCAUCAAAACUCCGUAGCUUAAUUUAAGUCCAGAAGAUGUGCUCAGAACAGAUUUUUAAUCAUUUGCAGAUGAUGAGUAUCACUAGAAGGAAGACAUCUUAGAGCAGUGGUUCCCAAACUUAUUUGGCCUACCACCCCCUUUCCAGAAAAAAUAUUACUCCGCGCCCUGGAAAUUAAUUUUUAAUUUUUUUUAAUAGCAAUUAAACAGAAAGAUAUAUGUACCUGUGGCCAUCACUGUUCCCCUGGAUUGCUGCAGCGCCCACUUUGGGAAUCACUGUCUUAGAGCAUAAGUUUUGUUCAUUGGCAUUCCAUACUUUUAAAUAAGAAAAUGUUUGAAGGGGCACAAAAUCUGUCUUAAAGGCAACAUGUUGUUUGGUCCUCUGGACCUCCCAGAUUGGUUUGUCACAAUAAGAAUAGUCUGUCUCUUUUGUUUAUCCUUGUGGUAUGAAUUAUUUUCAAGGUCUCCACAUUGUUUUAAGUGGGUAUCAUUCCUGAAUGUGCUAAGUGUAUGUUUAGUGGCCAGAAAACUCACUGUGAACCAGGUUUACCUCAGCCUUCUCCCUCCUUAUAAAGAACCUUAAAUCUUUUUGAUUUAGUAGGUUAAUAAAAAAUAUAUAGAUUAGGCAUCCCAGCCUGCUAGUUGUGUGGAGCAAGCCAGUUCCACCAUCUGUUUGGAGUCCUUGCGUAUCCAUUCAAGUGAAUCCUUGCUGUGACCCACACAGGUUUCCUCUUUAAACCCAUAUAAUUUUUACAUUUGAAUUCUUCACACUGUAAAAAUGGCUGCAUAGGUUCUCUUGGGGGGUUAAGGUAACAACAUAACUAUUGUGUUUUAGGAUAUAAAAUGUUCAGGUAGUGAAGCUGUAGGGCAAACCUCUGUCUUCACAAAAGCCUUAAUUUUCCUUGUAUCCUCUCCAUAUAUUGGCCUUAAGUUAUCUGCCCUCCAGGUAAGAUCAGAAGCAAGCUAACUUAUUGUAAAGUUGUAAACUUUGUACAUCUUCAUGCCCAGUGGCAGUAGAAAUCAAAAUCCAAAAUUGAAAAUGUUUCCGUUCACCCGGUCAAGAGAAAGGGCCUCACAGGUUAGGUUUCGGAUGCUCAUUACUUUCAAAUCAUUUCCUUAAACCGCACUUUCAGCCCCCUUGCCCCACAGUCAGGAUAUCUAGCCUAGUUUUGAAACAAUACCUUGAAUUCAGUCUUCCCUUGUAUAGUAUGUGUCACCUAGGAUUUUAGUGUGUGAUCACAAAUGAUUUGAGGGCCAUCUUCCCAAGAAGAGCUGCACAAUAGUGUGAUUGAGCAGCCUUGACCAUAAAAGGGAGUCAAUGUUUCUUAAGCUUGAAGAGCAAGUGACAGUUGCCUGUUCCCCUAUAUUUUUGCCACUGCCUUGCCUUGAUCAAAAAUAAAAUCUGCCACCAAUCCCGCUCAGCUCACCUGCCUAGCUAAGAAAGCCAUAAAAUUAACUAUGCAGUCCUCUUCAUGUACUAUGGUUAAUUUUGGAACUCAGAGUUUUAGGGAACUCUGCCUCUUUAUCCAUUCCUUGUGUUUGUUGUGGAACCCAGUCACAGCUCCACUCUCACAGGAGUAGUAACCUCCAUUGAGCUAAAAACUGGGGAGGGAAUAGAUAGACAGCUUCCUAUCAGUUGAAGAAGUAGGGAAAGCCCUCCAAAAGAAUCCCAAAGCCAGGUGAAGAGUCAGCCAUAAAUCCUAGCUCUUAUCCCCGGUAGCAGCCUGCCUGAUGGCAAAAGAGUUAUCCUGACAAGAACCCCAGUUUGGCAAAUUCUCUCGAUCCUUACUACUCACUGCCUUUAUCUGCUUGCUGAGAUUUCAGCAAAGCUGCUUUUUCCCAGCCUUAGAGGCCUGGUUUGCAAUUUCGCUCUCACUUCAUGCACACGCUUCUAAAACCAACUUUGCAUGUCUGCCAAGAGGCAAAAUCAGGGGCUUCAUUGUGGGCUCUGUCAGUAGAGGUAGAAGGUACUUGUGAUCCUGUGUAGUUGCUCAUAAUAGUAAAAAAAAUGAUCAGGUUAAAAUUUUAUGCAGAUGACAGUGAAAACAAUUGUGCCUAGGCCUUUGAGAACAUAACCAGGGGAGAUGGCAUAUUACCUGGAGGGGUUCACAACGAAAAUUGCACAGCUGUGGCAGACAUUGCUGCUGACAGCCAGAAUUUGCUUGAAAUAAUGUACCCUUGUAGCUAGAAGAGAUCUUGGACCCUUGUGUAUUCUUCAGGAUUGUCAGUUGGGUACAAGAUGAGACUCCAGCAGCUUUGACUUGGAGCAAAAGGAAAUACGAUAAAAGUCUGUCAAUCAGGCUGAAGGUACCUGUCCUCUCUUGGCUUUCAAAUGCCAGUGUUCAGCUGUCCCUUCACAAGACCACUGUCAUUUGACCAUCACAAAGCAGGGAGAGGCACAGAUAUGCUAGCAUUAAGAAUAUGGUGCCUCUCUAUGACCCUUCUUCCCAUUGCCCACCAAAGAGCAAGGGCCGGGUCGGGAAGGACUGCUGUGCUGAACGGGAACAAAAGGGAAGAGGGGACAGGUACCUUCCUCUAACUUGACAGAGUUUUGUGCAUCUUCUUGGCUCUUUGAUCAGUUCAAGAUCAAACCACACCUUCUAUCCAACCUGGCAACCCUAGUGUUCUUUCAGCCCCACCUCAUUCAUUUCACUUGGUACGUUGAUGGCAAAGUGUUGACUGACAACAGUGUGGCAUUAUAUGGUAGGGAACAAAAAUGUAGACUUUUUGGUUUCUGUUUUGCUUUUUCAAGGCGGCUUUAGCAUGACAUUUUCUCCAAAACCUUGUGCAAUGGAAACUGAGGCAACGGGCAUGGUACAGUUUGACAUGUGCUCAGUAACUUCAGUGUCUACAGUAAGUUUUAUAUUGUAUAGUUCCAGUGCAAAAUGAACAAGAAAUGGUUGUUGUGCAGCUUACUUUCCUGCUGUGGAAAAACUUGAGUUGUCUUUUUUGAGCCACACAAGAGAACCACCCAAGAAAGACUUGGGUGAUCUCUCGGUCUCUUCUUCUCUUUUAAUUUAUAUAGUGUCUUAUUUUUUAUUCUUUAUUUUAUACUUUUGUGUGCGAGAAAUUGGUGUAAAAUGUAUAUGCUGAUGAGCUCAUGCUCUUUUAAUGUAAAUAUCUUUGUGACAUCCUAUUCCCAUCCAUCUCUUGUAAAUAUUUAGAAUAUCUUUUUUUUCCCACACUGAUACGGAGCGGAUGUGUUCCUUUUUUUCUUUUUUUAAUUUGUACUGUAAUGCUAUGAUCAGAUUUGAGGUGUCUUGUGCUAUUAAAAAACCAACAACCGACCUGACAGUCCCACAAAACUCAGAUGUACAGCUCAGCAAUUAAUGAAGCCAGGUUAAAACUUA